AUGAAGAAAUGUUCUUUACAAAAAAAGGAUAAUAAUAAUAAUAAUAAAGAUUCUAUUUGUAUCAAUGUAAAUCUGAUGUUUUAUGAACCACACCCAAUUUCAUUUUUCUUACGUUACACAAAUACUACUACUACUACUACUACUACUACUACUAAUAAUAAUAAUAAUAAUAAUAAUAAUAAUAAUAAUAAUAAUAAUAAUGAAGGAAAUGAUGAAAACUACUUGAAAAUUGAAUAA